GACGGCCUCAGAUCACACUGUGUCAUGAAGAUUCACGUCAUAGUGAAAGUGUGUCCAGUCUUUGAGCCGCCCCAGAACUCGACCACCGUCUGCUCCCACGAGAACGUGUUGGGGUCAGAGUGCACGGUCCUGUGUCCCAGGGGCUUCCAGCUGGUGGGUGACGCUCUUCACGUCUGCCAGGACAACAGCCUGUGGGCUGGGGAGGGAGCGGCUUGUCAACUCAGAAAUUGCGAGCCCCCAGCCAAAGUUGCAAGCGGGCACGUGACCUGUCCCAACGGCACCCGAUUCCAAGACACCUGUCACCUGGCCUGUCACCCUGGCUUCACACCUGUGGGGGCAGGGGAGAUCACCUGUCAGGAGGAUUUAACCUGGACCAAGAGUGGCUAUUGUCAGGACGUACAGCCGCCAGUGUUUGUUGACGGUUGCCAUGGAGAUAUCCAUAAAGAGGCUGCGAGUGUUGGAGAAGACACACGUGUGGUCUACAACUUCCCUCGUGUGUCGGACAACUCUGGUCAGGUCCUUGUGUCCGGACACCCACAGUCAGGGUCAAGGUUUCACGUCGGCGUGACCUUAGUGACACUGACAGCAGUGGAUGUCAGCAACAACAGCGUCACGUGUUCGUUUCACGUCAAUGUCACGUACGCUAGGUGUAAGACCCCCAACAUUGAGCAGAACGUCAACAGUCUGAUUGUCUACGACUGCCCCAACGGUCACGUGAUGGGCGCCUUGUGUCAGCUGACCUGUCAAGAUGGCAGUGAGGUCAAAGGACCAACGUCCAUCCAUUGUUCCAGGACCUCAGGCGGGAGGAUGACGUGGGCGUGGUCAGGCAACACGCGGCCAUCUUGUAACUCCAAAACCUGCAAGCCCCUGCCACCCCCAAACAACGGAGCCCUGAGCUGUGACGUCACCAACGGCACGAGCCGCGUGUGUGUGGUCAUGUGUAACGAGAACUUUGUCCGCCAGGAGGCGGCACCCAGCUCGUACGUGUGUAUGUCGUCAAGUCAGAGCUGGUCACCUCGGAGCUUUGUCCCCAACUGUCUGGUUCCAGUACGUCCUCAGUACAUCAUGACGUCACCCAGCUUCUACUACUACAGCGGUAACUGUAGCAGUGACGUCAGUGUGGUCAAGGAUAAAUUUCUCACGGCCUUGUCAGCUCUAGAACUGGUGGUGGCGGACCAGAAGGUUGACGUCAGUGAGGUCAAGGUCACUUGCGGCAGACAGACCAAGAGACGAAGGUCAAAGAGAAACCUGGUCUAUGCCUACAAGUUGACGCCCAUCAUUAAAAUCGGAAUAGAUCAUGACGUCAACCGAACAGUGACGUCAUACAGCUUUGUCAGGAACUCUAUCAAUGAAAAACUGUCAAAUUUGUCGACAUCCAGUGACCUUGACCUACCUGGUAUCGGCAGUUUCAGCAAGGUGAAGUCUGGUCGUCUGGAAGUUCGGUGUGGCCUGGGCACCAGAUUGCUGAAAGACUCUCUGACGUGUGUAAGUUGUGGCCAAGGCUACAUCUACGAGACAGAGACAGACAAAUGCAGGAAAUGUCCUAAAGACACCUAUCAGGACCAGGACAUUGGGUUCACCUGUCAGCCGUGUCCUACAGGUACAACGACAGUCUACAUGGGGUCAGUCAGUCUUAAUCAAUGUCAAGAUGUCAACUGAAUUUGUCGAGAAUGUGCAUCAGCCCCGCAAAUGGCAUAAACUGAGAGGCAUUCUGAAAAAUCUUCCAGAAUCAUGUGCUUGUAUAUGGAAACAAUGUGUAGUAAUUGUAUACUUAUUUACAUUGAGACUUGUCUUUUAAUGCAUAUUUUCUGUAGAUUAUAUGUAUAUUAUUUUAAAUAAAUAAAAUUGGAAAUACAAUUUGAUAGCAUAUUGUGUUUACUGAUAAUUUGAAACAAUAAUUUGCAAAGAAAA